AUGAGACCCGCUCGACACAGAACAGCGGCGGGUACGAAGCGUGCGCGGGUUCCUUUUCACUUACUGACUCUUCUUCACACGAUCGAUCACCCUCUCCUCUCAAGAGCCGCCACACAUCGCAGAGAGGAGGCAGUGGAAUUGCUGACCUGUAAAUGUAUAGCUGCAAUGUUUAAUUUGACUUUUAAAUCCAGUAUUCUCUAUCUAUCUAUCUUUCUAUCUAACACUCUGUUCACAUCUGUCUACAUAUCUAUCUAUUUUUCUAUAAAUCUGUUCACAUCUAUCUAUCAGUCACUUCACAUUAUCUAUCGAUUUUCCUAUCAAUCUGUUCCAAUAUAUGCAAGUGUUUAUCUAUCUAUCUAUCUAUCUAUCUAUCUAUCUAUCUAUCUAUCUAUCUAUCUAUCUAUUAGUUCAUAUAUAUCUAUCUCAGUCUUUUAUCUCUCAGUUCAUAUCUAUCUAUCUAUCUAUCUAUCUAUCUAUCGCAGUCUUUUAUCUAUCUACCUUACUAUCUAUCUGUUCAUAUAUAUCUAUCUAUCUGUACAUAAGUAUCUAUCUAUCAGUUCAUAUAUAUCUAUCUCAGUCUUUUAUCUAUCUAUCUAUCUAUCUCAGUCUUUUAUCUAUCUAUCUAUCUAUCUAUCUAUCUAUCUAUCUAUCUAUCUUAGUCUUUUAUCUAUCUAUCUAUCAGUUCAUAUCUAUCUAUCUCAGUCUUUUAUCUAUCUAUCAAUUCAUUAUAUCUAUCGAUCUCAGUCUUUUAUCUAUCUAUCUAUCUGUUCAUAUCUAUCUAUCUAUCUAUUUAUCUAUCUGUUCAUAUCUAUCUAUCUAUCUAUCUAUCUAUCUAUCUAUCUAUCUAUCUAUCUGUACAUAAGUAUCUAUCUAUCAGUUCAUAUAUAUCUAUCUAUCUAUUUAUCUAUCUAUCUGUUCAUAUCUAUCUAUCUAUCUAUUGUACACCUUCAAUCAUAA